GUCAUUUUGGACUACGUUUCCCCCGAAAUUAGUUAUGACGUCCAUAACAAUGAACCUUAAAAACCUCAUCUAUCUCUUCUUUUAUUGAAAAAAAGAAGAAGAAAAGCCUUGUUUUUUUCAUUGCUCUCUGCAACUUAUAAAAGAAAAAUCUUCCAACAAUGGCGGAUGAAUCAAGCCAAAAGUCACAUGCAAUCUUCAUACCAUACCCUCUCCAAGGCCACGUCAUCCCAUCCGUUAACUUAGCCAUCAAGCUAGCAUCCAAGGGCUUCACCAUCACCUUCAUCAACACCCACGCCGUCCACCACCAGACCGCCAAGGCUCACCCCGACAUUGGUUCCGACAUCUUCGCUAAGGUCAGGGAAUCGGGCCUCGACAUACGGUACGCCACCGUUUCUGACGGUCUCCCCGUGGAGUUCGACCGGUCGUUGAACCACGACCAGUUCAUGGCUUCGUUGUUGCAUGAGUUCUCGGCCCACGUUGACGAGGUAGUCAGCCGAAUAGUAGGGUCCGGGGAGAAGGUUCAUUGCCUCAUUGCUGACACUUUCUUCGUUUGGCCUUCAAAGAUUGCAAAGAAAUUUGGGUUGCUUUAUGUCUCGUAUUGGACGGAACCAGCUUUGGUGUUUACUUUGUACCAUCACUUGGAUCUUCUUAGGGAAAAUGGUCACUUUGGUCAGCAAGAAUGUCGGGAAGACACCAUAAAAUACAUACCGGGAGUGGAAGCGGUUGAACCCAGAGACAUGAUGUCAUACCUUCAAGACACCGAUACAACAUCCGUUUGUCAUCAAAUCAUUUUCAAUGCCUUCCAAGAUGCCAAAAAUGCCGAUUUUGUUCUGUGUAACACCGUUCAAGAUCUCGAGCUUGGAACCAUAUCAGCUCUACAUGCCAAAGUCCCUUUUUAUGCAAUCGGACCCAUUUUCCCACCCGGCUUCACCAAGAGCAACGUCGCUACCAGUCUAUGGUCCGAGUCUGACUGCUCCCAAUGGCUCGACAAAAAGCCCCAUGGCUCCGUUCUGUACGCGUCCUUCGGUAGCUACGCCCACGUUAAAAAAAGCGAGCUAAUAGAGAUAGCUAAAGGGCUUGCCCUUAGCAAAGUGAGUUUCCUUUGGGUGCUUCGGCCUGAUAUUGUCAGUUCUGAUGAUACGGAUCCCUUGCCCGUUGGAUUCAAAGAGGAAGUUAAGGACCGUUCGAUGAUCAUACCUUGGUGUUGUCAAAAUGCAGUGCUGGCCCACCCUGCAACAGGAGGGUUCUUAACACAUUGUGGGUGGAAUUCGAUACUGGAGAGUACAUGGUGCGGGGUUCCCUUGUUGUGUUUCCCUUUGUUGACGGAUCAAUUCACUAAUAGGAAAUUAGUGGUUGAUGAUUGGAAGAUGGGGAUUAAUUUGAGCAAUAAAAGACCCAUCACCAAGGAGGAGGUUUCGGAUAAUGUCAACUGUCUGAUGAGUUGGAAAUCAGGGGAUGAGUACAAGGUGAAAGUCAAAGAGGUGAGGAAAUCAUUAGAAAAUGCAUUGGCACCAAAUGGGUCAUCAGGGACUAAUCUGGACCUGUUCAUCAAGCAACUCAAGGCUAAGUGUCAAAUCAAACCCAUCUCUCAAUAGUCUUUACAACAAUUUGUCAACCAUUUAUUUACAAUAGGGUUUUCAUGAUUUUAUUAGAUUAAAAUAUGUUCUCAUAUCUAUAUUCAAUCUCUAUACUUCAAACAUUAAAAAUAAAAUUGUAAAUUUUUUAUUUAAAA